AUGGCAGUUUUAGUUUUAAUUUGUCAUAAUACUGUUACAUUUUAUUACAUAAAUACAGAGUGUCCGUUUACAAUUUUGAAGUACGAAGUGUCCAGAAAAGACUAUGGACGUUUGGACUACAAUGCGGAGAUUGCGCUUAGAAUACACUCAAAAAUACAGGAUGCGGAUCUGGAUGUACCAGACAUCAUCAAAGAUGAUUGCUUUACCUUUUUGGUAAUAAUUCCGAAUGCAAGCAAACAUUCUGAACUCAUCGGCGGGGAGCAUGUGACGGACAUUACGAAAGAAUGGUCCGGAACAGAGAAGAAAGGGAAGAGGUGGAUUAGUCUGUUGUCGCGGAGGGCUACACCCAUCGAGAUCACAGAAGAAUCAGAUGUGCUUUUUCUUGCGGAUAAACCUGAGGAAGACUUGAAGAAUAACUCGAAGGUUUGCAAAUUCCUUACGUUUUCCUUUGAAAACGAAAUAUUUGCUUACGCUGAACGAGCUUUACAGUAUGUCCAAGACCGACUUACUAAGAAAAGGGAACACGAACAAGAGACGUUGAGUUAUACCAGGCUGGAGAUUUACUCUCUUCUUGCUAGAAAACUACCGGACCACGACACACCUAUCAAACAGUUGACCGAUAACAUCGAAUUACAGAGCCCCGAUUGUCGGCUUGUAUCAGAGGCACUUAAAAACAAAAGUUUGCAGGAUUGUGAUAUCCGGGGCUUUUGCAACACUAUUGACGGAUUCUUAGUUCUUGUUGUCGAACCAAAACAAAAAGCUGACAAGACAGGCAUUGCAGAUAGUAUCGAAAAAUGUUUGCGGAAACUGCUGAAAGAGAAACCUAAAUUGGUAUGGGUUAAAAACAUAAAAAUGGCUGAUCUUACUGCUCCAGGUUGUAAACUUACCAACACAGGAACAGAUUACUGGGGAACCCUAGGCUGUUUCGGCAAAGACGCUGACGCUGACAAUUCGGUGGUAGCAAUAACCGCUGGGCAUUUUGUAAAUGAGAGGCAAAUCGUCCAAAUAGAAAACAACAGCACUCCAGAGGAAUUCGGGCAGUGUGUGCAAAGUCAUAAUUCGAUUGAUGUCGACAUCGCGGUCAUUAACAUUAACAAUAAUAUGAAACAUAGCUGCACCUUUCAAUUUCGUAAUGAAAAGGACAAAGUCUGCAGGGCGUCCGUAUAUCAGGAGGCUCAAAUCAAGCCCUGGCCAGUGCAUAAAAGAGGAGCUGCAACUCAAUGUACUUCGGGCAUUGUAUACUGCGAGGAGGCUUGCGUGUGUAACGAAAAAGGAAUCCUCAUCAUCGGAAACGGGGACAACAUCUUCGCAGAGGAGGGCGACAGUGGAGCUAUCGUGUUCUUCUAUGAUCCAAAAGACAUACAUAACAGGGAGGUGAAGCUGCUAUCCAUAGUAUCAAAAAAUGUCACUGUGAAAAAAAAAGGCACCAUUCCAGUUGGACUUUCUAGAAAACCAACAUUGACUCGAAGCUUGAAAGAUGGACUCGAUAAAGUCCCUAAUAUCAAAAUAGAAUAUGAAAGGGUUUGAAAAUACAAACCUGGAGGUAAAAGGAAAGCUUUUUCAUGACAUACUGAUUAUGAUAGUAUUUGGAAGAAAUAUUUUUUGGAUUUUUGUUUGUUUUAAUGGCUUUGGACAGUUAAUUAGGAAGACCGAGAAACGGACUGAAAUUAAGAUACUUUUUUGUAUAUCUAACAUUUGGUUUAUAUACUAAAUACUAUGGUAUAAACAUCAGACAUACCCAUGCAAGCACAUGCAUUCGUUAAAGUAAUACUUCCCAUCUGUCAAUCAUAUAUACACAAAGCUGGAGGGACGACAGUCUAGUGGUAAGAAGCCAGGCUCGUGACUGAAAGGUUGCGGGUUCGAGUUACGUCACGGCACUGUGUUGUAUCUUUGAACAAGAUACUUUACUCCACUU